UGAGGAAGAAGAGCUGCAAACGCAACCGCGAAAAUGUGCUAUGGAUAAAAUAAAAUGUCGUACUUUAGAGAAGAAGGAGUAACAGUUACAUGUCCAGUAGCGGCUAAUCAUGACAAACGUGUCCCUGAGUAAACCGUGUCCAUUAAGAUAGUGACAAAGCAGAGCUGUCUCUGCGAACACGGAUGUUUUAAAGGGUUGAGAACUCUCUAAUUCAACCAUGACAUCAAAAGCAGUUCCUGCAGCCAUACUCAAAGAUGUUGUGGCGUAUGUGGACGUGUGGUCUGCAAGUAAAACGGAGAAUUACUCCGAUCCCUUUAUUCAACAGCUUCGGGACAUGGGAGCUCAAGUGUGUAAAACAUUCACCAAACAAGUCACUCAUGUAGUGUUUAAACAUGGUCAUCAAGCCACAUGGAAUAAAGCGAAGAAAAUGGGUGUGAAGAUCGUGUCUGUCCACUGGGUGGCCAGGUGCAAAGACAACAGCGAACACGCAGAUGAAGACCUUUACCCUGCUCUCAAUGAGGAAUCGCAGCUUAAUCGCGUGAAAAAGAGAACACAUCGGUGCAUGCAACCCAGGGACAUUCCUCUAAGCACCCCUAAGCGCUUAAAAAGGAAGCUGGACAAAAUGAUGGAAGAACUAGUCCGCUCCUCUCCCAAGGUUACAGAUACAGACACGUCUCCGUUCAUUAUUGAUGAGGAGAACGGGAUAGUGUACAGUCCCUCUUCCAGAAGGGCUGACACCAUGGCACAGCGACUGAGAGAAAUGAGAGCACAGCGUGAGAAUCUCUCUCCUACUGCUUCUCAAAUGCAGGGUUCGCCAUCAGAUGACUCUGUAAGGCCAUCUCUGGGGGGGACACCCACAGAUUUAAACAUACUGCUACUGGAAGAAGAAGAAGAGGCUUUAGAUUGUUUGUCACACACCAGCAUCAGCUCCAGCAGUGAGAAAGGAGCGAAAGAAUGCAAGAAAAAAAUGUCGACUAAGAAGACGUCUAAUAGAUGUGUUGAGAAAUCACCUCCUGACUUAGACGUGGGUGCGAGGUUCAGCUCUUCAGGUGUUGAAGAACCAGUUAAAGAUCCACCACCGCAAAAUAAAAGGCAAAGCAAAUCCUGUUCUGGAGCGCCAAAACAGGCUUCUUUAGAUUGCUUUGUGAAUCGAGUAUCGUCAAAAAAAUCAGCUUCACCUCUUUUGUCUGAGCCUAAAGCUGGAGCAAAAGAAAAACCUAGACAGUCAUUAGGCAAUAGAAAAAAAUCCAGCAUCAGUUCUUCAUUGAGCAGUAUGGAAACCGGAGUAAGCCCAAUUCCACAAAGCACAAAAGAAAUAAAGACCCACAGUGACUCCGGUGAUUGUGAUAGAACGCAUUUGUCGAAAUUUGCUUCACUACUUUGUUCACCGAAAAGCAAAGACGUGAAGAUUCAGAAGGCGCGGCAUAAAAAAAAGCACGUGGACGUGUCUGGUUCUGGUGGCAGUUUUGAUGCCCGUAACGACAACGCAGACGACAGCGUGUUCGAGGACUACUUCACUUCAGCUAACGAUGCCCCGAAGCGGAAGGUCCCGGUAGCGCACUCGGUUUCAGAAGCAGAGCGUUUGCCUUCCUUUGACUUGGAGCCUCUGAACAAAACUAGGCGCAAGAGCCAUUCACAAGAACACAGCAGCAGAAACAGAAAAUCGAAAACCUUACAUGAGAGCGGUAUCAUGGAGGCAGAGGAAGAGUCACUGGCUGCUGGUAUGGGGGCGGUUCCUAAGGAGUCCAAAUUUGAGAAGCCCGAGCAAGAGCCUGCUGCAAAGAAACAGAGGAGGAGAACCGAACAGAACUCGGUUACUCUUUCAGAAAGCACACACAGUAAAAGCACUUCAGAUGGGCUCACUGACAGAUGUACUGAAUUGUGUAGCGACAUGAACACAAAAAGGAUUGUGAGAAUGGAUAAGUACAUGAAGAAGAAUAGAACGUUAGUAAUGACUAGCAUGCCAACUGAAAAACAGCAGACGGUCAUACAGGUGGUCAACUCUCUGGGUGGCUUCACUGUGGUUGACACUGUGUGUGAAAGCACGACGCACGUGGUGUCAGGGAGUCCGCGACGCACCCUCAAUAUCCUACUGGGCAUCGCACGAGGAUGCUGGAUUCUCUCCUUUGAAUGGAUCCUGUGGUGUCUGGAGCACCGUCAGUGGGUUCCAGAAGAGCCGUAUGAACUAUCUGAUCACUUUCCUGCUGCACCGUUAGCAAGACCAAGAAAUGCAACUUUUCAUGUUGGAUUAUCUGCCGGUUGCAGCAGCAUCUUUCGGCCGGAGAGCAUCAGCAGGAUCUGUUUCGUGAGCAGCCACUCAUGUUCGUGUCCUCGCUGUCUCAGCCGCCCUGCCACAGUCUCACAGAGCUCGUCCAGCUGUGCGGGGGCACCGUAUGCAGGAGCAUUCGCCAGGCUGGCAUCUGCAUCGGGGAAUACAAAGGCAAAAAGCCUGAAGAGACCAAGUGCCUGUCAGAACAGUGGGUUUUAGAUUGUGUGACUCAUCAUGUGCUGCUCCCAUAUGACAACUACAUUCUGGAGUGAAGUGACAGUGUGUCAGUGGAAUAUUGUGAAUUUGUGACAUAACACAUGUAUCAUAUGUAUGUUUGUGGGUUGUGUAUUUUGUGUAUUUGAUGUUUUUCCUGUUGUCUUUUAUUGUGCAUUA